AUGUCUAAGACUAUUCAUCAUAAGGUUAUUGUUAAAUCAAAAGGAUUAGAUACUUUUGACGAUACAACAAAAACUGAAAAGAGACAAAAGAGUAGAAAAACUAUGACACCAGCAGAUAUUAUUUCUUUUAAUAACACAGAAAUAGAACAAUUAUUCAAUGAUAUUAAAAUUGGAAGAGAACAUGCAAAUGAAGGAAUAAAACUUAUUCCUUCAUUAACCAGAUUCUCUGAUACUCUAAACGAACACCACCAACACACUGAAAUUAUUAAAAAUUUAAUGCAAAAUUUAACAAAUAAAAAAGGAGAUCAUAGAGAAGAAUUUACAUCAUGUAUGACAGCUACAGGAAUAACAACGUCUUUAAUUAGUUAUGAAAUGUCAGAUAGAAAUGAAAAGUUAAUUGAAAUAAUGCAAAAGUGGAAAUUAUUUUUAGAAAAUACAAAAGAUUAUAUUAAAAAUAGAAUAGAAUAUGAUAAAUUAUUUAAAGAAUAUAAUAAAAUCAUUGAAAAAGUUAAACAAAUGAAUUCUCAAACUAAACCUGAUGUUAAAAAAGCUGCUCAACUUCAAGAACAAAAAGAAGAAAUUACAAUUAAAACAAUUAAAGAAGGUGAUCAACUUAGAAAAUUAUAUAAUGAAAUGUAUGUCACUUUUAUGAAUCUUAUGAUGGGUUCGUGUUCUAAAUAUCAUAACUUUAUAAAAAAAUCUCCAGAUACAUAUAUUAAUUAUCAAAAUCAAUUUAAUCAAGGUAUUGAGAAAUUUAAUACAGUAAUUGAUGAAAGUAGUGAUGAUGAUGAAACUAUAAAACCUCCUGAUUGGAUGAAUAAUAGUCCAAAUUGUUUUCAUAUGUUCCAAGCUGAGUCAAUGUAUCUUGAAAGUAUGAAUUAUUUAAUACAAAUUUAUGCAAAAAAGAUUCUAUUUGAUCCAAAUUUAGCUUUAUCGGGAUUUUCUAUUGAUGAUGUUAAUUUGAUUUUUAGUGGGAUAGAAUUAAUCAGAAGAUUACACUCUGGGAUUUUACGUAAAUUAUCUCGUUGCACUCUUGAAACUUUCCUUUCUGUAUAUUCAUCACGAGUAGCACAAAUAUAUCAAGUGUAUCAUAAUCAUUGUUCUAAAUUUGGUAAAGCAUUUUCUCGAUUUCAUCAAUGCUUAAAUUCACACCAAUUUAAGAAUUUUGUUGAAGAAAUUGCAACAUCAAACAAGAUUCCUCCAUUAGGAGAAUUGUUACGAACACCAUUUAUUCAGUUGUCUCAAUAUGUUCCAAUCUUUACAAGAAUGAAAAGUGAAUUUACCAAUAAUAUCGAAGAUCUAGAAACUUUAAUUUAUGUAUUUACUAGGUUAUCUGGUCAUUGUGAGUUAGCAGAAACAAACUUUGCAACAGCUAUGGAGAUGAAUAAGAUUAGUGGAGUUCCACCAAAACAACCACCAUAUCGUCGAUUUUUUUCUUCUAUUCCAUGUUCCCUCAAUAAAACCGAAGGUGUAAUGUUUUUAUUCAGUGAUACUUUAAUGUUUACAAAAUCAAACAAAGAACAUGAACAAGUAUUUGUAGAACAAUAUGAAACAAAAAAUAUAGAAAAAUUUGAAAUUAAUGAAAAACAAAAAACUGUGAAGAUUAUAUUUGCAACUCGAGGAAAAAAAUUACGGGAUCUUGAUCUUUUCUUUAAUAAAUUAGAUAUCGCACAUAAAUUUACUAAUGAACUGUCUCAAAUUGGAUAUUUUUAUAAAAACAAAAAAAUCUUUGGAGUUGACAUAAAGUUAGCAACUCAACUUCAUGAAGAUGAAACUAGACUUAUGCCAAAAGUACUUCAUCAUAUAUUUGAUGCAUUAGAACUCACUGCUCCAUCAACAGAAGGCAUUAUGAGAUUAAGUUCUAAUGUAAUAGAAUUGGAUGGAUUAAUUUACAAGAUUGAUGCUGGUGGAGAUAUUGAUGAUAAUAGAGGAGAUACUCUUCUUCUUGCUAAUACCAUAAAGAAAUAUUGCGCUGGAUUACCAAAUAAACUUCCAUUAAAAUUACAAAUUACUGAAGGUGUUAGUAAUAUUCAAAGUAUUUUACAAACUUUGGACAAAUCAUAUUUAGCAUUUAUUGAGAGACUGUUCAGGGUUUAA